AUGUCUGGUUCAGGACUCUUCUACCUUCUUCUCGCAAUCUUCAUCCUUUUCGUGUCAGUUAUUGGCGCACUUGGCGUCGGCUCUUCGAAACCUACAAACACACCAAAGUGUGACGGUUUGAUCCAGCGUUUCGGAAACAACGUUGUUGACAUCGACAAUGAUUCGAUGAUUUUUGCGGAAUUCAAGCACGAUCAUUGCACCGUGAAUAUUGGAGCUACUCUUCAAACGAAGGAAGGAAUCGUGGCCUCAUUCGUCGAGUUCUGUUGUCCGAACGCCCAAGCUUUGGAACAAGCAAUUUCGGAGGUCGAGUCUAACGGUAUUACCCACAAACCGGAAACUGAAUGCAGCAGCAGCUGUGUUCACGGCAACGGCGGCGCCACAAUCACUUGCUCGAACGAAAAUGACUUCUUCGGUAAUAGCACGCAGCUCGCUUUUCUUGUCCUUGGUUGCUUCUUCAUUCUCGUGCAUAUUUGGCAAGCCUGGUCUUCAAAACUACGAGCCGAUGAAGCCAAACAAGCCAAUGUGCUUGCCCGAGAAGCCAACACCAUAAAGGCAAACCGUAUUGCCAUUGAGCGUUCCACAGAAGCCAACACCAUAGCCGAACGAUCCAACGCCAUAGCUGAACAAGCCAACACCAUAGCUGAAGCGGCAAACCGCAUUGCAACCGGCGGAAACCCAUAG